AUGGUUAAACUCAUUGUUAAUCCAAGGUCUGAGACCCUGAGACAAAUCAACGUAGACACUACCCCCAAUACAAGAGUCAGAGACAUUGUGGUAGCUUACGGAAAGGCAAAUAACAGUUUAUCCAGCUCCAGAAUCAGAUUCACUAAACUGGAAGAAGACGCAGUUUCCAAGAAACCAAAGCAUGUCACUCUGGACUACGAGAAAUCCUUAGCUCAAAAUGGGAUAGUCUUCACAGAUGAUUCAGAUUCCAAAGAAGUCUAUGCGAAAGAUUUGGGACCCCAGAUCAGUUGGAAAUUAGUGUUCCUGAUCGAAUACGUGGGCCCGCUGAUUAUUCAUCCAUUGCUCUAUUACGGCUGGUUCAAACCUGACUAUAACACUCUUACACAGAAAGUUUCUUUCAUUUUGGUGAUGCUGCACUUCCUGAAACGUGAAUACGAAACAACUUUUGUGCACCUGUUUUCAUCUGAUACAAUGCCUCUUUUCAACGUUUUCAAGAACUCAGCUCAUUAUUGGAUUCUUAGUGGAUUGAGCCUUGCUGUCACUAUUUAUGCUCCGGAUUCAUACCGAAAUAAUCUCAGAGCCGAUGGCUCCAGAGAACAUAAAAUUCCCUAUGGAUAUGGCUUCAACCUGGUCUCUUUCCCCAACUAUUUCUUUGAAUCUGUAGCUUGGUUGGCAUUUGCCCUUCUCAACAAUAACUGGUCAUCUUGGGUGUUCCUUACCAUUGCCUCCAUUCAGAUGUAUAUUUGGGCCGCUAAGAAACACAAAAGAUAUCUCAAGGAGUUUGGGGACCAAUAUCCCAAGAACAGGAAAGCAAUGAUUCCAUUCCUUUUGUAG